AUGAUCUCCGGAUUCCGCCGCUCCCUCUCUUUAUCGGGCCUGAGCCCUAACGCCAGCCCCGCCCGCCGGCGUCCCCGCGACGCGCCCCGACACGCGCGUUCCGCCAGCCUCCCUUGCCGCUCCCAGUCCGCCCUCUCCCUCAUCCAGGACGAGAUACGCUCCGUACGCUCCGGCACCGCCUCCGAUCUCGAGCGGAUCGACCGCCUUCUCGCGGCACUCGACGACCUCCUCCGCCUCUCCCGGAUCCAGGAUCCCCUCCGCCGCUGCCCCGCCUUGGCCGAUCGCCUCCUCGACGGCUUUCUCCGCCUCCUCGACGCCCAGGGCUCCUUCCGCUCCGCCGUCCUGGCGCUCGGGCAGCACCACGCGGAGGCCUGCACCGCAGUCAGGCGGCGCGACCCGGUGCGGCUCGCCUCCGCCGCCCGGUCCCUCCGGCGGGCGGAGAAGGAGCUCGUCCUGCUCGCCACGGCCAUCAAGGAUCUCACCAGAUGUCCACCCUUCACCCCGGGGCUCUGGGCGGACGCGGCCGAGGCCGAGGUCGCAGGGAUCGUCACUGAAGCGGUGGCGGCGACGGCGACCGCGAUGUCGGCGGUUUACCUGGGGAUCGCGGCGGUGUCGUCCGCAGCGGCAUCAGCGGCGGCGGCCGCCUCGACGUCGAAAGACUCGUGGAUGGUGUGGCCAUUGAGGAGGCCGUCGCCAUCGAAAAAGCGUGAAGCAGAGGAAGCGGAGAUGGGGGCGAUGGAGAAGCUGGAGGAGAGGAUGGAGGGAUUGGAGGAGGGAAGCGAGAGGGUGUUCAGGAGUUUGGUGAACAUAAGAGUAGCCCUCCUCAACGCUCUUACUCCCUCUUUGUAG